AUGACUGUGGAACAAGAUUUUGAAGCUCUGGACCAGUUUCCAGUAGGGAUGAGAGUUCUUGCCGUUGACGAUGAUCAAACUUGUCUCCGUAUUCUCCAGACUUUGCUUCACCGCUGCCAAUACCACGUUACAACAACGGAUAAGGCACAAACCGCACUGGAGUUGCUGAGGGAGAACAAGAACAAGUUUGAUCUCGUGAUCAGCGAUGUUGACAUGCCUGACAUGGAUGGUUUCAAGCUGCUUGAGCUUGUUGGUCUUGAAAUGGACUUACCUGUCAUUAUGUUAUCUGCGCAUAGCGAUCCAAAGUAUGUGAUGAAAGGAGUCAAGCACGGUGCCUGCGACUAUCUUCUUAAACCGGUUCGUAUCGAGGAGCUUAAGAACAUUUGGCAACACGUGGUGAGGAAAAGCAAGUUCAAGAAGAUGAAGAGCACUGUGACUAAUGGUGAUCAUUCCCUAGGAAACUCUGAUCACAAGGCAAACAGAAAACGUAAAGAUGAUGAUCAGUCUGAAGAAGAAGAACAAGAAAGAGGGAAUGAAAAGAAGCCUCGUGUUAUUUGGACGCGAGAGCUUCACAACAAGUUCCUAGCAGCUGUUGACCAUGUGGGCGUUAAGAACGCUGUACCAAAGAAGAUUCUUGACCUGAUGAAUGUUGACAACCUCACAAGAGAGAAUGUAGCUAGCCACCUUCAGAAAUUCAGAUCCGCUUUGAAGAAAAUAAACAAUGAAGCCAAUAAUCAACAAGCUAACAUGGCGGCGGCCAUGGACUCACAUUAUUUCAUGCAAAUGAGUUCUCUCAAAGGAUUUGGCAGCUUCCACCACCGUCCAAUACCUCUUGGAUCCAGUCAGUUCCAUGGUGGAGCUGCAACCAUGAGGCAUUACCCUUCAAAUAGGACCUUUCCAGGAAUGUUCCCACCACAUGUCUCAUCAUCUCGUAUCCACAAUGAUGGAGGUUACAUCAUGCUUCAGGGACUGCCAUUACCUCCACUAGACAAUCUUCAUAUCAACAACAACAACAACAACAAUGCUCUUCCGAGCUUUACUUCACAACAAAGAUCUCUAAUGGUUGCUCCCAAUAAUCACUUUGUUCCUGAGGGUCACCAGCAGUCAUCCUCAUCAUCUCCUCACUUGGAGAUCAACAAGCGCCUUGAAGACUGGUCAAAUAACAUUCCACAGAGUAAUGUUCACUCAAAACCAGACGCCUUGAAAUGGAACAUUGAUACAAGUACAACAGAGCCGACAUCUUUCUGCAGGGACACAGAUUUUGGAUCCUCAUAUGCUACUACACAAGCAGACUUUCUUGAUCCAUUUCAAAUGAAGCAGCAUCAGGAAAACAACUUAGAUCCAAUGACAGUUGCUCAACUGUUGAGAAGUAGCAGUGGAAAUGAAGGGUUGUUAUUCAUGGGGCAACAUAAGCUAGAGAACGACUUUAUGGAUUCAGAUGCUGCCUCCUUGGAUGAUAUAGUCAACUCCAUGAUGACUCAGCAGGAACAAAGCCAAGCAGAGUUCUCAGAAGGAGAUUUGGGGUUUGGAUGGCAGAACAACUCACUCAGAACAUGCAUAUGAGGAACUAACUGUAUUUUUCUUUUUCAUUUAUUCAGACACAUAUUCACCCUCUUAUUAUCUUUGGUUCUGUCUUUUUUUUUGGUGUCUCUCUACAAGUUUCCUCACUGGUUCACUAAAUACGUGUUUCACGUUUUUACACCACAGUUUUAUCUCGAAUAGUUUGGUCACGUC